AUGUCGAAAGUCGUGACAUCGAGCGCCUUUCUAGAUGCCGUUCGAUCCCGCCGCAGCUUCUAUCAGCUCAACAACAGAUCUCCUAUCGAUUCCAAUCGACUCGCCGAGAUAAUCAAAACGACUGUUCUACACUGCCCAAGCUCCUUCAACUCACAAUCGACACGCCUCUUAGUGCUGCUGAAUGAAGAACACAAGAAGCUAUGGGACAUCACCAAACAUGAACUGGAGCCACUGGUCCAUGGUGAGCAACGGGAGACCACAAUGAAGAAGCUUGAUGGCCUCCGGGCUGGAUAUGGUACGAUAUUGUUUUAUGAAGACCCAAAACCUACGGCAGAGCUUCAGUCUAAAUUUCCUUUAUAUGCAACCAAGUUUCCACAAUGGGCCGAACACUCAAAUGCGAUGCAUCAGUAUAUACGUUUUGGCUGCAACUUGCAACACUACAACCCGGUAAUCGACCUCAAAGUUGGUACGAAGUGGAAAGUCAAUCCUAACUGGAGCCUGAAAGGACAACUAGUCUUUGGAAGUCCAAUUGGAGAUCCAAAAGAGAAAUCGUAUCAACCGUGGGAAUCCCGUGUUGACAUUCGCGGCCUGUAG